GACUUCUCGCGAGAUUACGGCCGGAGUUCGCGUUGUACUGCUUGAGUUUUGCUUGCCGUGGUCCGGAUGUUGUUGUUUCGACGAGGAGCUGCGGGGAAACUCGGGGCUGAUAUUUCUGCUACCGCUUUCGCUUUGUGUAGGCUGUAGUCUCCGCUGAGACAGAAUAGUAUUUUGUUCACAGUUGUUUUCGCAUUGAAUUUCACAAGCCGGGGAGGAUGGAAGACUUUGACGAGAUCUACGAGGAAGAGGAGGACGAAGACAGGGCCGCCGAGGAGCAGCUGCUGAAGUACUCGCCGGACCCGGUGGUGGUGCGCGGAUCCGGCCACGUCACUGUGUUUGGGCUCAGCAACAAGUUCGAGUCAGAAUUUCCAUCAUCACUAACUGGAAAAGUGGCGCCAGAGGAGUUUAAAGCUAGCAUCAGCAGGGUGAACAGUUGCUUGAGGAAGACUCUGCCAGUCAACGUUCGCUGGCUGAUCUGUGGCUGUCUGUGCUGCUGCUGCUCCCUGGGCCUCAGUAUGUGGCCGGUCAUCUGUCUCAGCAAGAGGACCCGACGGUCCAUAGAGAAGUUGCUGGAAUGGGAAAACAGCAGACUGUACCACAAGCUCUGUCUGCAUUGGAAACUCAGCCAGCGGAAAUGUGAAACCAACAACAUGAUGGAAUAUGUCAUACUCAUAGAAUUUCUACCCAAGACUCCCAUCCUACGGCCAGACUAGCUAUGCAUCUGAGCACUGGCCUCCUCUUUCAUAGGUGCCUUGUGUGGUACUCCUGGUGGCUCUGGGAUCACUGCGCGGGAUCAGUCUGGACUUUGGAUUUUCCUUUUUUAUGAAAUCUUAUUUGUGAUGUUUCUGUCACACCUCUCCAUCCUGUGUUAUUGCCUCUGGCUCUACCCGCCGAGCUGAAGUCGUGUGUGUGCCUGUGGUGCAGGAGGGUUGGGGGGGGGGGGGGGGGGGCAUCUCCUCGGAACUAACAGAAGGAACUGUGAAACUUCAUGUUCAUCUUCUGAGCCAUUUCUGCCGAUGGCUUUCUGUAUAAAACCUUCAGACACAAGGUUUGUAUCUUCAGUGACCUAAAAGUCAGAUGGUUGGAGUCUGACCUGAGUUGCUAUGGACACAAAGGCUCGGAUUCUCUGCAGUGGAAACUUGUUGUGGUUUGGACUUCUGCCUAGUAACUAGGACCUGAACCAGGGUACUUUGAACCCACUUUAUUGAUUAUUGAGGAAACCUACCCUGGACGAUUUGGACCCUAUUGUUCCUAGCACCAUGAACCUGAACCAGGAGCCCGUAUUGUUCCCAGCACCAUGAACCUGAACCAGGAGCCUGUAUUGUUCCCAGCACCAAGAACCUGAACCAGGAGCCCGUAUUGUUCCCAGCACCAAGAACCUGAACCAGGAGCCUGGAGGCUCAGGAUCAGCAGAUUCUUUGGAAGCCCCUAUUUUUCCCUAUGUUUAUUUUUUUUCUGUUGAACGGGUGGUAGAUGUUAGUAGUGCAACCGUUUGCUGUUUGUGUGUGGGGUAAUCACUGCUAUACACAUUUCCACCCCUCCCGGCACGAGUCUCUUGAGGGCAGCUGUUUGCUUUACCGACCUUGAGACCCCAUUCACCUGACCUAUCAACAUGACAUUGAGAGGCUGAUCAUCUCUGAUCUGAGCUAGAGGGGCUUCGGAGGCCGUUUGGACUGUAACUGCAUUGAACCUGGUCUUGGCCAAGACAUUUACUCUGUGUUUGUCUGAAAUAAGAUUGUAAAUCAUCAGAAGAAUAUGCACAUUUGCCUUUUGAGCAAGUAUGUAGGCAAAAGCAGCCGUUUUCAUUCUGUAUCAGCAUUGGUUUCUUCCUUCGCCCAGUUAUAAAAUGUUUUUUUUUAUUUUAUUUAACGUGAAAGAAUAUUUUUGUAUCCCUCAGGUGAGGCUGGAAUGUUGUGUUUUACAUGGUGGUUCAGCAAUUGUAAUGCUCAAUCCACAGCCUGCAUGGCUGAUAGCACAGAACUCAUUUAUCCUGUUGGGUUUAAUUUUACGGAUUCAAAAGUCAAGAACAUGAAGGGCAGGAUUACUGAACCGAAGCAGUGUUUAGUAUUUAAUAAAUGAAUUUGAAUUCUGAA